AAUCAGUUACUAUAUCAUUUUAAGUUGAGCAGAUUUCUCAUUUUUUACAAUGUACACAUACUGUUGUAUUGCAUGUUUGGAUGACUUCUGACGUCGAAAGACACUUUGUCCUGGUAGACGAUGUCAGUUUUCUGUUCCUAAGCUACUGAGAGAGCCCCACCUGAUCCCUCAAGAUUAAUGCUCCGACCAAUGGCUGUGACGGUACCAUGGAUGGACACCAUCUGCCCCAUCAAAACAGGAAAUGUUUCUCUUUGCAUGGUUUGUACAAGAGGCUUUGGAGGAAAUGCUUUAGAAGUUUCUCAGGUAGCAAUAAACUGACUACUUCAGCAAGUAUUGAGUGACGUCAUCGCUCCUCCUCUGGUGAGAUAACAACUGAAGUUAGGACACUCAUGGUUCAAACAUCAGAGGAGAUUGUCAGGACCUUCUCACCCACGCACCAAUCAAAGAGAGUGAUCUUGGCUCCAUCACAGAAAAUCACGAGUUAAAUUCUUAAUGGAAUUUGAAUCUGAAGACCAAAUACUCCAAAAUAUUCCCUCCGUCUCAGGGGUAUCUCAACAGCACGAUGAAGUAAGCACUGACAAUAGAGAAAGUGACGGCAAGAAGAGAUCACCAAGGCAUUCCGUUUCAGACAAGAAUCCUGUUCAGUCAAAUCAGGCUGUCACAAAUGGUGUCACCACUCCAGAAACCAAAACAGACACUGUGCAAACAGUUUUGCCAUUGACACCCAAUAUCAUGCCUGCAGAAGUGAAUGAACCAAUAACCAAAGUGAUACAUUUAAAUUCUAACCUCGUAUCCAGCGAUUUACUAGUAAUGAAAGUUCAGCGACAAUCCCCUCAUUCUGUUUGUAGCAAAGAAUUUGAUGAAGGACUUAGUCACGUUACCAAAGAGGAGGUGAAGAUACAGGACUUUGCUAACAUUGUUGACUCUGAUGAUAUUACUCAUGGAAGAAGUAAAAACUGUGAGGCUCUGGAAAAAACUAGAGACUGUCCAAAGAAAGAAAGACCAGAAUGCAGUCAAGAUUGCGACCAAGCUGCCUGUAAAACUCAAAUUAUAUUUUAUGAAAGACAGGAGGGAUUUGAUGCAGCAAUUCCUGAAGCCAUGACUUGUGCUAAAGACAUCCCAGUGCAGGAAAAGGCGUUGGAUUUAAGCCUGCCAAAAAAGAAGGCCAGGGAUAACAAAGAGAAAUGUAAAUGGGUUCUAGAUUCUGGAUACGAGGGUUCGUUAUUGAUGGAGGUAGAUGAGAUUGAGGAUGAUACUCAACACGUAGAAGUAGAUGAGGAUGAUGAGGAGUGCUGGUUUACCUUGAGAAAUGAUGAUCCAAACAAUUUUCUCCUAGAAAAUUGGGAUCAGCAUUCUGUUUCUCAUAUAGCCAUACCGUCUCCCCCUUGCACCAGCUUUUCGUCUCUUGAUCCAAAGGACACACUUCUCAUAGACGACCAAGGCAUCCCCUACACUCUCACUCCAGAUGGUCAGAAAGUCCCUCAGAUAGAUCCUUCCAAAAUGCCGAAGGUUCCCUCAGAGGAGAUCAGUACUGGAUUUGCGCAGAUUGAGGAUGAGGCAACUGCAUCCUCCCAAGAUUCUGACACUGCCCAAGAGUUGUCUCUUCCAGGCACUUGUCUUGAUCUUUCAAUAGAAACCCAACAAGAUACCGUAAGGACUGAGAAGAAAUCUCCCCUUGACUCUACUGAUGAGGCCAAGUCAGCAGCCUUACCGACCAUAUCAAGCUUGCCUUCGCUUCCUAUUCAGAUAGUGGCUAGUAACACUGGAUCAAACACUCCCAUCCUCCUUCUUCCUCAGUCUCAACUUCAGACACUUUCAUCGUCAGCAACUAAAACAAAUCCAGGAGUCAUGGCUUUGACACUACCUUUGGCUCUUGCCCAGAACACUCAGUCUUCCCCUGUCUUUCUUCUCCUUUCAUCUCCCCAAGUAUCCGGUGGAAUUCAGUCUUCUACAUUAUCAGAGCAACUUUCUCAAAUUUCCUCCACAUUACCUGUUGCACUUCCCACACUUGGCCUUAAACCAGAACCAGUCUCCUGUACUACUAAUACAGACGUCUCAGGACAAAAUAAGCCCUGUAAUUCUUCUUCUGCCCCUACCUCACCCACUGCCUCCUCAAGCACUUCGUCAGCGACAUCUAGGAGUCCCGCUAAACAAAUGAAAACUGAGGCAUGCUCUGACACACCCACUUCUUUUCAGGAAGCACUACUCAGAUUAGCGGUAUCUGCCGUACAAAAAGCAGAAAAACAACCUAAAUCCAGUGAGACACCUUCAGUCGUUACACCCUCAACUGAAGCAACACAGUCAGCGUCCCCAUCAGCAACUCAUGCUCCAGAGGAACAAGUCUUGUCGCCAGUCUCUGAGCCAGCUUCCAUCCCGGCGGACCAAACGGACUCUUUAUUAAGCUCCACCUCUGCUGACGGCCUUCCAUCACUGUCCUCCACUUCACCUCUUCGUCCAUCGUCACCCAUAUUUCCCACCAACCAUCCCAAGAACCAGGAUUCGCAGGCAUUAGGCCCACGUCGCAUUCUUUACUGCCAGUAUUGCCCGCGGGUUUUCUACUACCUCUCGGACCUCGAACGCCACUCCAUCACGCACUCCCAGAGCAAGCCACACGUUUGCCAGCUGUGUGGCAAAGCCUUCAAACGCUCAAGCCAUCUGGAGAGGCACAAGCAUAUCCACACGGGUCAGCGGAACUUCGUGUGCCAGCUUUGCCCACGGCGUUUCCGAGAGGCAGCGGAGCUGACAAGACACCAGCGGGUACACACAGGGGAAAAGCCUUUCCAGUGCCUGUUGUGCCACAUGCGCUUCGCUGAGCGCAACACUCUACGGCGGCACACCAAGCGCAAGCAUCAGGGUCAGCAGCAGGAGGCGAUGAGCAUGAAAGUAAAGCCAGAGACUGAAGCGGUCUCCCUUAUUGGUAUUCAGGGGCAGCAGGAAGAGAAUGCAGAGUGGUACAGCUCUACAAUGACUGAGAUGGACUCUGACAAUGACACGGGAGGAGAAUGAACAUUUAAAAAUAUCCAUAAGACUUCUUUAAUUUAUUUAAACAAAACAAUCAAAGUUGCACAAUGUUCCCCACACAUCAAAUAUGGUCAUUCAGUCAAGACACGUUUGGUGACCAAAGUUUGCUGCUUUUGUUUUGCGUUGAAGCUACGACAAAAGUGUGCCUCAUAGCGCAAAAGAGUAGUACCAGCCAAACAUUUUGACAGUAAAUGAAAGAAGAGGUGAUGAUGUAUAAUUAGGGAUGCAAAUUUUGGCAAAUUCUUGUGACCAAUAACCAACCGUUAUUAGUCGGUUUUUAAUCAUUAGCUGACAAAACUAAAAUCACAGACCGAUGAAAACAUCAGACACAGCACUGUUUUAUGUAAACAAGACUUUAGGCCAGGGGUGUUCAGUCCAGGUCCUGGAGAUCUACCAACCUGGAGAGUUCUGAUCCAGCACACCUGGCUCAGAUGUCCCUGCAGGCCUUUGUUACCUGGAUCAGGUAUGUUAGAUUAGGAAUGGGGCUCUGCAGGGUGGUAGAUCUCCAGGACCAGGAUUGAGUACUCCACUUUAGGCUUUAUUGAAGGAAAAAAAUGCAGCCUAACAUAACAAAUGUAAUGUAAUGUAGUUUACUUACAUCUACCACAUAUUAUUAGCCCAAGUGAGCAAACAUACAUGGCCUCACUGGGGCUAGCUUGAAGUUCAUAUUUAGCAAUCAACAUAAAGUCUGUAGCUCACAGCUUUUAAGCUUUUUUGUCAUGGUACUGUUUACAUAGGCUAACCGUUAGCUAACAAACACAUUUGUAGGCUAUAGCUUAAGGCUUCACUCAACAAAAAGUCAGUUUAAGUGUACCUUAGCAACGUGUCAUGUGGCUAAACAUCCUGGUUUAAAAUAGUUUAAUCUCUGGAUUAAGUUGGCCGUCAACUAAGUAGGGCUACCAGAACAAACGGCGCUCCUGCGCCCUCAUGCAUAGAAUUCAAACUCGCCUAUUUGUUUAUUGGAUAUUGAAUAGUUUCUGACCGAGAACAUUUGUCAAACAUUUAUCUAUUUGUCGUUUAACAUUUAAUCAUCAACAUACCCUAUGUAUCUCUUCUGCGAGAGACUCUUCAAACUGCUAUGUGUUUCGACCAGACAAAAGCACACCAGCAUUACAAGAUAGCUAUCUCUAUAGCGCCCCCUGGUGCACUGCUCAGAAUGCAGCUUGCACUUGCCUUGCAUAACCAAUUGUGUCGUGAUGUAUUUCAAAAUGCAACUACACAUGAAACCGUACUUGUUCACAUAAGCAUGUUUCUGGCCUUAGGCAUGCAGUUUACACAGUGAUAAUGGGGUUAUAUUUGUUAGCUACAUUAGCCUCGUAGCUCCAGUGCAAAAGCACAGAAGCAAAUGACAUCAGACCCGUCUUCGCUGAUUCACUACAUUUGGGCUAAAGGGAGAAAAUGUGUCAAUUUGAAUUUCUGUCCAAAUUAUUGCGUUGAGUGUGGCUUUGUGUGAAUUAUGCUUGCAGUUUUUGAACUCUUUGUUUUACACAUACAUUCCUUUGCUGCUUUCACCAGAUAUACAGCUACUUUCAUUCCACUGAUCAUUAAUUUAGUCAAUAUUGUGGCUGCGUUCUUUUAUUUCAAUACUGACAUUGACUUUAUUGCUUUGGAAAAGUAUCUUACUUCUUAGAUUGGCUUUUUUAAAAGCGUGUAUUAGAGCGUAUAUUUCUUAGCCUGGUAAAACUUUGCUGUGAAGGUAGAGUCAUCAGAUAUAUUAAAAGGGAAUUUCACUGUUUUUUGAUAAAAUUACUGCAUAUUUAAUAGAUGAGGUGUAAACAAAGUCAUUUAGAGUGGUUUGAUGCCGAAUGGUUACCGUUACAUGCUGACUCAGAUUUCUCUACAGUGGUGGUGAUAGGAACCAGGGGUCACAGUGUCUUCAUUAAAGGUGAUGGGGAUGUGGACUGUGCAACUACACUGUUAGAAAAAACAGGGGUGGUUCCCUAAAGGGUACAUCUCAGUACCUUUAGUCAGGGAACAUAACUGAACCAUAAUCCACUGAAAUGAUAUGUUCUAAGCUGUACUGACUCCACACACCCCGUCUCGUCUACAGGCUUUUAUUUAACUGUUCUGUUUUAAAACAUUCGGUUAUGAAAAGGUACAAAUACAAACUUUUCACCUGGAAACACUUAUUUAAGGUUCACAAUCAGACCUUAAAACCACUGUUGUACCUCUGAGGGAACAUUUACAUCAUUUGUACCUCGAUUAGUGAAAAAUGUGCAUGCGCAUAACCUUUAUUUCUAACAGUGCAUCAGGCAGUGAAUUCAUAACCAUUUCACGUAAUAACUUUCUGUGAGGGAGCUCUCAGAGGUGGACGUCUGGUUCCUAUCACCACCAGAACCGAGCGUUUCACAUCAAACCACUUUGAACGACUUUUAUUGAAUUAUGCAGCAUUUUUUUGAUUGGUGCAAUUCCCCUUUAACUCAGUAGAGUUGUGAAAUUAAAAAAAAAAACUUCCUCAUAAACAUUUAUUCUGGCAUAAAAGACUAAAAAGUAAAGAUAAUGCAUCCAGACACCUUCAAAUAUCUAGAGAGAGAAAGAAUAGAGGGGGGUUUAUUUUUGUUUUUUCUAUUUAUUAACUGUGAGCAAAUUGUAAAGAUAUGUUUUAUUACCCUUGUGCCUUGAAUUAUUGUUUCAUCAUUUUCACGGAGAAGAAAGAAUCACUUUGCCUUUGCUUUUAUUUUUUUCAGAAAUAAUGUGCACUGUGGAGCUGGAGCGUUAAGUAAUGAGAGUAAUUCUAGUGUGCUGUGUUCUCUGAGGUCAUCCUUAUUGCUUUGAAACUGCUGCUGUGCAAUGUUAUAAUUGAAAUGAAAGGGUUCUCGAUAUCAUUGAUGUUGACAGAAUCCCUCACUGACUGCUCACUUCAGGUCGCGUGUGGUGUGAUUGACGCGCCGAGCGUAAUUAGCAUCGGCAGGAUUUGCUGUGUGCAUAGGCGGAGUGUUUGAUCCCCGAGUUUGAUUUUCAUUGCUUCACUUGAGCGAGACUGGAGAGAAGUGCACAAUCUGCAGAGUAAAUAUAUUGUACUAAUAUAUUAAUAUAUUCCCUGUAAAUAACAAAAGAUCACCCUGGGCCUGAUCGCCUAAGGUUAAUUUGAACUCUCUAUAGCUUGUAUUUCAGAUUUAAUUAGGAAUCUGAAUAUUUGCACACUGUAAUUAAAGCUUGCUUGCUGACCCCUUC